AUGCCUCAUGUCUUUACUUUUGGUGUCCCCAAUUACUUCAAUUUCACCUUUCAAGCUGGGCCCAAGUCCCCUAGCCUGGGACUUGCUAAUGGGACUGUCGAUGUUGAAUCGCUCUCGAAUGACAAUGUAGACUUUGACGCCGGUAACCGAUGGAAGGCUCAUAAUCCAUCACCGUCGGAAGAUAUAUAUCCCGAGGCCAGUAACGAGGUCAAGACCGUUGUCUUCUCGCCUUCAUGCGGUACUAGUACGGGGAACACAGCCUCAUCGCCAUGCAGUCCAUGCGGUCCAUGCGGUACACUUAGCCGACUUCCUCUCGAACUCAGAAUCAUGGUCUACAGUAGGGUUCUGAAGUUUGACAAAUACAUCAGACAGGCGCAUAGAUUUCUAGAUCGGUACCCUCCAAUCAUGGCGGAAGAGGUCAAACAUAUCGAAGCUAUUGAUGCCGCUCUCUUGCGCACCUGCCGCACCGUUUACCACGAGACCGUUCACGUUCUCUAUGGUAUGAACCGCUUUCAUUUCCGCAAGCCGAGGCAUAUCGAGCAAUUCGCGCACGUUGGGCUGGGAAACAGGCCAUUCGGAUGGUACCGUACCGUCAGCGAGCCCGCACCCUGCGGCAGACUCACGAUGAUUCGCUUCAUGACUUUGAAAAUGAGCUCGGAAUGCGUCGUGGAUGAUCGAAAGAAAUUAUGGUCCUCGUGGUGCGAUUUCUUCUAUCCAUCUAAGGAGCAAGAUCAACUGGUCGGGUUUCCUGCUCUGGAGUGGUUAGCUCUGGAUCUCACGGACUGGGCGCUUACUGCUGGAGAUGCUGCAAAAGUUAGGGUUAAGCCUUUCCUAAAAAAACUCCGUCCGACAGGCGGAUUGAGACAUUUAACGCUCAUUGGCGUGAAUCACGAGCAGAAUCUCCACGACUUCAAGCAUGGUUUUGUCAGACAGGGGGGCACGUUCCGGCCUGCUUCAUGUUCCGUCAAAGCAGUUGCAACUACCACGGUCACACAUGACAAUCUUCCGGAAGUUUCGAUGUACGUUCGCAAUAUUGUGGAGGAAGACAGGGCCUCGCAAGCGAUCUUGCAAGGCUAUGGGAAUGCAGCACUGGCGGUAUGA